AUACUUUUCUCCUCCUGCAGAAGAAUCGGUAUCAUUUGCCACCAUGAGAGGGAUUGUUCUGAUGUGUCUGCUGGAAGCAGUUUUUGGUCAGGACAGAUUCAGCUGGAAUGGACCUGUUGUCACACAACCCACUGCAGACCCUAAUCUAAACAAAAUGUGCAGUAACGACCAAGCGGCGUGUGGCUGCUGUCUGAUGCAGAAGCAGAUGGAGAGGAUGGAGCUGUUCUUUAACAUGACAACCAAAGAAAUGAGCCAGCAGCUCAUGAACUCUAAGAUGACCCUCAACAACAUCAAAAACAACCGCAGCGCCUUCUCUGUCGCCCUGAACAACGAGAAACUUUUGACUUGCUUCGGCCCCGUAGCUGAAGACAGAAACAUUCUCUACAAGCACAUCUUCCUCAACCUGGGAGACAGCUACAAUGCUCAGACCGGCAUCUUCACCGCUCCCAAUUCGGGUGUCUACAGCCUGGCGGCCACCGUCUACAGCCUGUCUCCUGUUGACCUGCCCCAGGCCACCUGCGCCCAGCUGCAGGUGAACGGCGUAGCCGUGGCUCCCCUCGUUGAGAAGAACGGACUGGACAGCGAGGACAGCAGCACCGUUGUGAUCGCAAGGCACCUGAAGGCCGGCGACCAGGUGUCUGUCAGCCUGCUGAAAGGGUGCAACGUUUGCGACGACGCCUCCCACUAUAACACGUUCACCGGUUUCCUGCUGUAUGCUGCAUGAUGACCUCUGUUCAGGUUGACAGACAUGAGUUCAGUUUCCUGCGCUCAGUUUCCUGUUACUUGUUGUGUUUGAGGCAGUCUGCUUUCUUCUGUAUGCCAUGCACAUAAAUUGUUAGCAUCAUGUCAAUUGUUAGCAUCAACUGAAGAGUAAAUAUGAACAAAUAAUGUAGCUGUUAUUUCUUUUUCUAAAUUGAGGUAUCCUGGAUGUAACUUUUGACCCUGUUCCAAUGAAAUGAUAUGAUCUGAGUUGCUUUCAUUGUUCAGAUAAAAAUAAACGACUUAAACAUAAAGCUGUCAUUCUGAGAUUAAAUUUGUGAGCAAAUGAAACAACAAUAAUAAAUGAAACUUCACAGUAAA